UCCCCUCUGAGGACAUGUAGACAGGGACGCGUACGGGACUCCUCGCUCGCCCGUAUAUCCGCCGCUCAGGAGUAUAAUCUGAAUUCUUCAGGCAAUAACAACAACAACAACAACAACAACAACAUCAUCAACAUGAAGGUAUCCAGCGUAGACUGCCGGAGACUCAGGAAAAUCAUCCGGAAGGAGAGCGGGAGCUGCCUCAUCGUGGAUUGCAGACCGUAUCUCUCAUUCGCCAACUCCAGCAUCACCGGCUCCGCCAACGUCAAUCUCAACUCGGUGGUGGUCCGGAGGUCCCGGGGAGGGCCGGUGCCUCUGCAGUUUGUCAUCCCGGAUGAGAGGUCCCUGCUCCGGCUUCGGGAGGGGAGCAUAUCGACCAUCGUGGCUCUGGACGAGCGGACGUCCCACUGGCAGAAACUGAAGAAGGACAGUGUAGCACAAAUAGUCAUAAACACGCUCUCACAUCUGGCCAGCGGGGCCAACAUCUGUUUCCUCAAAGGAGGAUACGAGAACUUCCACUCUCAAUACCCUGAACUUUGCACUGAGGUGAAAACCAUCGACCAGAGCGGAACUGAAACCGAGAAAAGAGUCAACAUCAACAGCGAGAAGCUUUCUCACCACAAACCAGAUUACGAUCAGGGUAAGCCUGUGGAGAUCCUGCCUUUCCUCUACCUCGGUAGUGCCUAUCACGCCUCCAGACAGGACUAUCUAAGCGACCUUCACAUCACGGCCUUGCUCAAUGUGUCGCGCAGGGACCUGCAGCCGGCCAAGGGCCACUACGACUACAAGUGGAUCCCAGUGGAGGAUAACCACAUGGCCGACAUCAGCUCCCAUUUCCAGGAGGCCAUAGAUUUUAUCGAUCACGUGAAUCAAUCUGGGGGAAAGGUUCUGGUCCACUGCGAGGCGGGCAUCUCCCGCUCGCCUACCAUCUGCAUGGCCUACAUCAUGAGGACGCAGCGGCUGCGGCUGGAUGCGGCCUUCGACAUCAUCAAGCAGCGCCGGGCAGUCAUCUCACCCAACUUCAGUUUCAUGGGUCAGCUGCUGCAGUAUGAGUCCGAGGUGCUCUCCACGGCCCCGGCUCAUGCCACCACGCCCGAACCCGCCACACCCUGCGCCCCAGAGUCCGCCUCCUUUUUUGCCAACGACUUCAACACCACCUUCAACACCAAAAACUUUGAGCCAUCCGUGUUCACCCUCCCUACCUCUUGCCUGCAGUCCCCGGUCCACCACCAGUUCAAUCUGAGCCCAAUAACCGCACUGCCUUAAAAUGAACCGUGACUGCUUGUAGUCUUACUUGAAAAAAAUAAAUAAAAAAGUAAUGGUCUUUGUGUGCCUGGUGUUGAAACCAGCAAAGCAGAUAGACAGAGACAGAAGAGUCGAGAUAAUAGUAAUCACUUCAUGAGACUUGAAAACGACGGGCUACAGACGUCAAUGUUGUUCUCCAAUCUUCUGAACUGCUACGAUGAAACACAGCACAGUGAUGAACUGCAAUAUACAUGCCUUAGGUUGAUAUUGUGAUUUUAUGCCUAUUCACAAAUACAGUCAGGCAUUUAAACCUAAUUUAUUUGAAAAUUACUGUCUGUCUGAUCUUUUUUCAAUAAUGUGGAUGUUAAUAUGUGUUUAAUAAAUGUUUUCACCACAAACAUAA